UGCAACUGAUCUUAUCGCUCACUAUAUAAGGCCCUGCACUGCUAAAGCAAACAUAUGUGACUGACAGAAAUGCGCUGCAUAAUGUCUCUGUUCACCAUCACUCUAAUCAGCAGCGUUCUUCUGAGCCUGUUCCCUCACACUCCAGAAGCAUAUGGGCCGCUGAACUAUGCCUGUUGUGUGAAAUACACUCAAAAUCCUUUGCCCUUUGGUGUGAUCAAGGGCUUCAUGGAGCAGAAAUCCACCGAGGUGUGUCGCAUAGACGCCAUCAUCUUUAUCACCAAGAACAACAAGAAGGUAUGUGCGAGUAUUAAGGAUCAGUGGGUGAGAGCAGCACUUGCACGUCUGAGGUCCAAAUUAGAGAAACUGACUGAAGAGGGAAAUCAGCAUCUCACCACUGCUGGAUCGAAACCCUAGAUUCCCACAACCAGCAAAAGCUAAUGAAGCUUUUGCAAAUAACAUGGCUUUAACAAAAAAUUAUAACAUAUGAAGGCAGAUUCUAUUAAUUACUGAUGAUUAUCCUCGUACAUCAUGCUUUAAAUUCUUUUCUGACUAUACAUGUAUAUCCUUUAUAAUAAUAAUAAUGAUAAAAACUGUUUUAUACAUAACUAUUUUUUUUCUACAUUUUAUUAUAUAAUUCAGUCUGUAAUGAUGUACAGAUUUGUCUUAAACAGCAAUAAUGAAAGAA